AUGUCCAAAAGCGAAACUACUGGUGCUCCCACGGCUACUCUAACAGCUCUACCUCAGACUCAUACUACUACUUUAACAGAGCAUGAGGAGAACGGGCAGUUCUCAGACCUCAUAUCGCCAUUUUUCGACAAGGCUGCAAAUGGUGAUUUCGAGAAGCCUAAAUUGCGCGUUGAAUACGUCCUCGAUUACUCUUUCAUUAUUUCAAAGAUGUUCGGUUUCCUUUACCAUGCUUACUAUGACGACUCACCAGAGAUUUUGGGUGAUCCCGCCGGGAAACGUGAUACUGCUGCAGAAGAUAAUGUGCUGCUUUUAAUGGGAUUACCAUCAACGGAACGGAUCGCCCAAGAUAUUAUCUCAUGGCUGUGGAGGCAAAUCUACAUUGUGGCAGCCGAAUAUUUGAUUCAAACAUCACUGACGACUGCGAGAAAUGGGUCGCAAUGUCCGCCAAGAGCAGACCUACGUGUGAUUCUUAUAAGAUUUUUCCUUCGACGUCUCGAUACGCCUAAGAGAUAUCGCCAGAUUGAUGAAUUUGUGUACGAGCUAUCCGCUGAUUUGAUAGAAAGAAUCGUUGAACUGAAGAAAUGA